AUGACCGUCCCGAAAUACAGCCACAAACGCCAUAAAAGCAUGCAGCUUACGAUUGAAAGAGCGCAGGAGUCGUUGAGGGGUGUGCCCUCGCACCACCGGGCCAACGCGACCUUCGUGAUGCUCUGUCGGAAUAGGGAGAUCGAGGGUGUGAUUUCGAGUGUGAGGCAGGUGGAGGAUAGGUUUAAUGAUAACUAUGGGUACCCUUGGGUGUUUCUUAAUGAUGAACCGUUUACGGAGGAGUUUAAGAGGAGAGUCAGUGUGUUGAUUAAGAGUCCGGUGCAUUUUGGGGUUAUACCACCCGAUGUGUGGAACCAGCCGGAUUGGAUUGACGAGGAGAAGGCGGCUGCGGGGAGGAAGAAGAUGGUCGAGGAGAUGAUUAUUUAUGGUGCGUCCCGUAAGACACCCCCCAUCCUCACCUCCAACACGCCAGCUCGAGCUAACGAUGUACACGCGUCUUGUGAAGAUACCGCAACAUGUGCAGAUUCAACUCGGGAACACGAACUAAUGCUACCGUAUCGCUACUAUUGGAGAAUCGAACCUGAUGUCGACUAUUUCUGCGAUCUAAAUUACGACCCGUUCACGUAUAUGGAGGUUAAUAAGAAAGUUUACGGUGCGUCGCUUCUCUUCGUGGUUAGUUUUGGGUGGGGUGGAUGA